AUGGGAGAACGGGCUGAUCUGGUCUUUCACAAUAAAGUAAUCGGUGGAACUGCCAUUAAGCGACUUAUUAGUAGAUUAAUAGAUCACUUCGGAAUGGCAUAUACAUCACAUAUACUGGAUCAAGUAAAAACUUUGGGGUUCCGGCAAGCUACUGUUACAUCCAUUUCCUUAGGGGUCGACGAUCUUUUAACCAUACCGUCUAAGGGGUGGCUUGUUCAAGAUGCUGAACAACAAAGUUUUAUUUUGGAAAAGCACCAUCAUUAUGGAAAUGUACAUGCAGUAGAAAAAUUACGCCAAUCCAUUGAGAUAUGGUAUGCUACAAGUGAAUAUUUACGACAAGAAAUGAGUCCCAAUUUUAGGAUGACCGACCCCCUAAAUCCAGUUCAUAUAAUGUCUUUCUCAGGCGCUAGAGGAAAUGCAUCUCAAGUACACCAAUUAGUGGGUAUGAGAGGAUUAAUGUCAGAUCCACAAGGACAAAUGAUUGAUUUACCCAUUCAAAGCAAUUUACGCGAGGGACUCUCUUUAACAGAAUAUAUAAUUUCUUGUUACGGAGCCCGUAAAGGGGUUGUGGAUACUGCUGUACGAACAUCAGAUGCUGGAUAUCUUACUCGCAGACUUGUUGAAGUAGUUCAGCACAUUGUUGUACGACGGGUGGAUUGUGGUACCAUUCGAGGAAUUUCUAUAAAUACCCAGAAUGAAAUAAUGCCAGAAAGAAUUUUGAUACAAACAUUAAUUGGUCGUGUAUUAGCAGACAAUAUAUAUAUAGGUUCGCGAUGUAUUGCCAUUCGAAAUCAAGAUAUUGGGAUUGGACUAAUCAAUCGUUUAAUAAAUUUGCAAACACAAUCAAUAUCUAUUCGAACCCCUUUUACUUGUAGGAAUACAUCUUGGAUCUGUCGAUUGUGUUAUGGGCGGAGUCCUACUCAUGGAAACUUGGUGGAAUUAGGCGAAGCUGUAGGUAUUAUUGCGGGCCAAUCGAUUGGAGAGCCUGGUACUCAACUAACAUUAAGAACUUUUCAUACAGGUGGAGUAUUCACAGGAGGUACUGCAGAACACGUGCGAGCUCCGUCUAAUGGAAAAAUAAGAUUCAAUCAAGAUUUGGUUUAUCCCACGCGUACACGUCACGGUCAUCCUGCUUUUUUAUCUUAUAUAGACUUAUAUGUAACUAUUGAAAGUGAUGACAUUCUACAUAAUGUUAGAAUUCCACCGAAAAGCUUUUUAUUAGUUCAAAAUAAUCAAUACGUAGAAUCAGAGCAAGUGAUUGCCGAGAUUCGCGCGGGAACAUACACUUUAAAUUUGAAGGAAAAAGUUCGAAAAUAUAUUUAUUCUAACUCACAGGGAGAAAUGCAUUGGAGUACUGAUGUAUAUCAUGCAUCUGAAUUUAAUGGGGGUAACAUACAUAUCUUACCAAAGACAAGUCAUUUAUGGAUAUUAUCGGGAAAGUCGUGUAAGUGGAGUGACUUAGCUUUUUCACUCUUCAAGGAUCAAGACCAAAUGCACACCCAUUCUCGUUCUCUUGGAGAAAAAGCUAUUUCUAACUCUUUUUUAAAUAAUGAUUUUGUCGAAAAUAACCUAAAUCUAGUAAGACAUAAAUUGUUUAGUUCAAAACCUUACGCUAAAUCAGGAUUAAAUUCAAUUAUAUAUAAUUCUCAUUUUAGACAUCCUAUUAUUUCCCCGAUAACUUCAGAUUUAUUGGCAAAAAGGCGACGAAAUAGAUUCAUCAUGCCAUUGCCAUUUCCAUUCCAAUCGAUUGAAGACCCUGACAAACAAUUAACGUCUUCUUCCGAUAUCUCGAUUGAAAUACCUGUGAAUGGUAUUUUUCGUAGAAAUAGUAUUCUUGCUCAUUUCGACGAUCCUCAAUAUAGAACACAAGAUUCGGGAAUUCCUAAAUAUAAGACUAUUGGAACCCCCCCUCUUUUUAAGAAAGAGGAUUUAAUUGAAUAUGAAGGAGUCAAAGAAUGUAAACCAAAAUACCAAAUCAAAGUAGAUCGAUUUUUUUUCAUUCCCGAAGAAGUGCAUCUUUUAUCCGAACCUUCUUCCAUAAUGGUAAGGAACAACAGUAUUAUUGAAACAAAUACACCAAUCACUUUUAAUAUAAGAAGUCGAGUAGGCGGAUUGGUGCGAAUGGAGAAGAAAAAAAAAAAGAUUGAAUUACAAAUAUUUUCUGGGGAUAUCCAUUUUCCUGGCGAAAUGGAUAAGGUAUACCGACACAGUGGUAUUUUGAUACAACCCGAAAGGUUAAAAAAAGAUUCAAAGGAAUCAAAAAAAAUUAAAAAUUGGAUCUCUGUCCAAUGGAUCACAAUUAUCAAGAAAAAGUAUUUUGUUUUGGUUCGACCUGUAAUUCUAUAUGAAAUUACAAACGGUAUCAAUUUAGUAAAACUUUUUCCACAAGAUCUGUUCCGGGAAAGGGAUAAUUUGGAGCUUAAAGCUCUCAAUUAUAUUCUUUAUGGAAAUGGGAAAUCAAUUCGUAAAAUUUCUGACACAAGCAUUCAAUUAGUUCGAACUUGUUUAGUAUUGAAUUGGGAUCGAGAUAAAAAAAGUUCUUCGAUAGAAGAAUCCCGUGCUUCUUUUGUUGAAGUAAAUAUAAAUGGUCUGAUUGGAGAUUUUCUAAGAAUUGAUCCAACGAAAUCGCGGAUUUCCUAUAUCAGAAAAAGAAAUGAUCCAUCCGGUUCAGAAUGGAUCUCGGAUAAUGAGUCAGAUCGAAUCAAUAUUAAUCCAUUUUUUCCUAUUUCUUUCCAGGAAAAAAUUCAACAAUCACAUAUCCAAAAUCAUGAAACGAUUCAUGUGUUGUUGAACAGAAAUACAGAAUGCCAAUCUUUGAUAAUUUUGUCAUCAUAUGAUUGUUUUGAAAUAGGACCUUUUAGCAAUGUAAAAUACUACAACGAGCUGAAAAAAAAAAAGAGAAUAAAAAAAAUAAAAAAGGAUCUUCAAAUUCCAAUUAAGAAUUCAUUAGGUCCCGUAGGAAUAGCACUUCAAGUUUCCAAUUUUUAUUCAGUUUACCUUUUAAUAACUCAUAAUCAGAUCUCGAUGAAUAAAAAUUGGAAACUUGACAAGUUAAAAAAAACUUGUCAAGCAUUAAAAAUUUUUUUAAUGGACGAAACCGAGAUAAUUUAUAAGCCCGAUCCAUGCAGCAACAUAAAAUUAAACACAUUCCGUUUGAAUUGGGAUUUUCUCCAUCAUGAUUAUGAUUCUAAAUAUUGUGAAAAAACGAUUACAAUAAUUAGCCUGGGACAAUUUAUUUGUGAAAAUGUAUGUCUAUCUCAAACGAAAAAUGGACUAGAACUAAAAUUAAAAUCGGGACAAGUUUUAAUUGUUAAAAUGGAUUCCAUAUUAAUAAGAUCGGCUAAUACCUAUUUGGCGACUCCAGGAGCAACAGUUCAUGGACAUUUUGGAGAAAUCUUUUUUGAAGGAGAUAUAUUAGUAACAUUUAUAUAUGAAAAAUCGAGAUCAGGCGAUAUAACCCAAGGUCUUCCAAAAGUGGAACAGGUAUUAGAAGUUCGUUCGAUUGAUUCAAUAUCGAUUAACCUAGGGAAGAGGGUUGACGCUUGGAACGAACAUAUAACCAAAAUUCUCGGCAUUCCUUGGGGAUUCUUUAUUUGUACUGAGCUAACUAUUGUCCAAAGUCGAAUUUCUUUGGUUAAUAAAAUCCAAAGGGUUUAUCGAUCCCAAGGAGUGCAUAUACAUAAUAGACAUAUUGAGAUUAUCGUACGCCAAAUAACAUCAAAAGUAUUGGUUUCAGAAGAUGGAAUGUCUAAUGUUUUUUCACCCAGCGAGCUAAUUGGAUUGUUUCGAGCUGAACGAGCGGGGCGUGCCUUAGAAGAAGUAAUUUGUUACCGAGCUCUAUUAUUGGGAAUAACAAAAACAUCUUUGAAUACCCAAAGUUUCAUAUCCGAAGCGAGUUUUCAAGAAACUACUAGAGUUUUAGCAAAAGCUGCUCUCCGAGGUCGUAUCGAUUGGUUGAAAGGUCUGAAAGAGAACGUUGUUUUGGGGGGAAUGAUACCCGUUGGUACCGGAUUCAAAAGGGUAACACAGCCUUCAAAGCAAAGACAACUUAUUAAGAUUGCUCCGAAAAAAAAGAAUUUACUCGAGGAAAAAAUAAAAGAUAUCCUGUUCCACCAUAGAGAAUUUGUUUUUUAA